UUUUAACCUACCCAAGCUGCACAAAAAAGAGAAUUAAUGGAACCUGCAACAGUGGUUCUGUACCCUUUUCUGGCAAUGGGCCACCUGGUUUCCAUGGUGGAACUGGCUAAACUGAUCCACAUCCAUCACCCUUCACUCUCUGUCAUCGUCUUCAUAACUCCAGAACCUUAUGAAACUGGUUCUAUCACCAAAUACGUUAGCACCAUCUCAGCUACAACCCCUGCCAUCACUUUCCACCACCUCCCUACAAUCUCCCUUCCACCAGAUUUCUCUUCUGAGUUCACGGACCGUGCUUUUGGGUUCCCAAAGCUUUACAUCCCAAUUGUUCACAAAACCCUGUUAUCCAUCUCAUAUAAAUCAACCAUUAAAGCUGUUAUUCUUGAUUUCAUUUCAAAUGCUGCUUUUAGUGUCUCUACAAGUCUCAACUUACCUACUUAUUACUUUUAUACAAGUGGUGCCUCUGCCCUUUGUGAGUUCUUAUAUCUCACAACCAUCCACAACGCCACUUCCAAAAACAUUGAAGAUCUUGACAUGUAUUUUGAUAUUCCUGGAGUGCCUCCUAUUCAUUCUACCUACAUGCCUGCAGUUAUGUUUAAUAGAGAAACCGACGUCUAUAAAAACUUUAUAGACACUGCCAGUAAUAUGGCAAAGUCUUCUGGAAUCAUAGUAAACAGCUUUGUGGGGUUAGAAGAAAGGGCUGUAGAGACACUCCGAGAUGGUAAAUGCGUCCCGGAUGGUCCAACUCCACCUAUUUACCUAACCGGGCCUUUGAUUGCGAGUGGCAAGCAAGUGGACCCUGAUGAAAGUGAGUGUUUAAAAUGGUUGAACUCGCAACCAACUAAAAGUGUAGUGUUUUUAUGUUUUGGGAGUAUGGGUGUGUUUAAGAAAGAGCAACUCAAAGAAAUUGCUAAUGGGCUAGAAAAGAGCGAGCAAAGAUUUUUGUGGGUGGUGCGUAAUCCGCCACCAGAAGAUCAAAGCAUGUCAAGUUUAGGCUCAAAAGAGUUUGAUCUUGAUGCUAUUUUACCUGAAGGGUUUUUAGCUAGGACUAGGGAUAAGGGUCUGGUGGUCAAAACAUGGGCACCUCAGCUGGCCAUACUUUGUCAUGACUCAGUGGGUGGUUUCGUGACCCAUUGUGGGUGGAAUUCUACGCUUGAAGCUGUGGUUGCUGGUGUGCCAAUGUUGGCGUGGCCAUUGUAUGCAGAGCAGAGAAUAAAUAGUGUGUUUUUGGUUCAAGAGCUGAAGGUGGCACUUGCAUUGAAAAUGUCGGCAGAUGGCUUUGUGAAUGCAGAGGCCGUAGAGGAGAUGGUUAGGGAAUUGAUGGCGGGUUUGGAAGGGCGGGCAGUUAGAGAACGGGUUUUAGAGAUGAGUGUGAAGGCAAAGGCUGCUGUAGAUGAUAGUGGUUCCUCCCAAGUUGAUUUCUUCAGAUUAACGAAGUCAUGGAAUCAUCAUGAUAAGUCUCUAAAUUCAGAUUUUUAAGUCAUGAUUUUCAACACAAUGUCAUGCAUUUUCUUUUACCCCGCUUGUCUUUCUUUGACCAAAUUUAUUUGGCCAUUAGCUUUAGUAUAUUUCUACCAACUUCAAAAUCUUUCCCACACUUUUAGUUCUUAUGUCAUAUAUCUGAAUCACCGUUUUAGCU